AUGGUUCUUAGGCUUUCAGUUUCUGUUUCAGGCCCUGUACCUAUUGUUUAUAGAGAGGGAAAGGAAAACCAGCAAUGAGCUUUCUUAUGGAAUUGGUGAGAUUGUCUUCUGCAAAAGUAGCCAUUAUUCUGGCUCUCUUCCUGACCUUGCUUUUACCUGUCAUCAAUGCGCAGAGCCCUGCUCCUGCUCCUUCCAGCGAUGGAGUUGCGAUAGACCAAGGAAUAGCUUACAUGCUAAUGUUGGCCGCGAUGGUGCUCACCUAUAUCAUACAUUGAGUCAUAGAAGAUGGACAGACAGAUAGGAACGUAGAGAGAUAUAUUCAGCGAUGUGGGUUCCUUCCUUUUCAUGCUUGUAUUGUAUGGCAAUUGACAAUGGCACAUAUUAGUUUUCUUAUUUUAUAUGGGGAUUCUCUCUCUAAGCUCUUUUUUUAUUCCAUUCUCUUUCCUUCUUCUUGUGCCCCUCUUUUUUUUCUUCUUCUUUUUUCCUUCACUUCCAUCCGUUUACCUUGUUUCGGAAUUGAUUGGAAUUGAUUUUAUGCCUUGAAUAAAUAGAAUCUCAGUUUCUCAGUUCCCCUGAGAGAAGUUUUUUUUUUUUUU